UGACAGAUUGGCGACCCUGACGAUGAUAAUGCUCGAUGCUCGAUGCAUUGAUGAUUCGUUGUACUUUCGGUUUUAGUGAGAUCUCACGAUAAAAAGAGAGAUUUAGAAUUGAAAUUUAUCAAGUGCGAUUGAUAAACCUGAGGGACUCCUGAAAAAAAGUCCAUUCGGCGACAUCGUCAUGGCCGAUAGUGAGCAAAAGGCAUUGCAACUGGUAGCAGAGGCCGAGAGAAAGUUAUCGUCGUCGAAGAGCUUCUUUGGCGCACUGUUCGGAAGCUCAUCAAAAAUUGAAGAGGCAGUAGAAUGUUAUCAACGUGCAGCAAAUCUGUUCAAGAUGGCAAAAAAAUGGAAUUCGGCGGGAAAGGCAUUUUACGAUGCGGCAGAUUUACAUGCAAAAGCGGGUGGUCGGCAUGACGCAGCCAAUAAUUAUGUAGAUGCUGCCAAUUGCUUCAAAAAAUCUGAUACAAAUGAGGCAAUCAGCUGUUUGUUAAAAGCCAUUGAGAUUUAUACUGACAUGGGCCGUUUCACAAUGGCAGCAAAGCAUCAUCAAAGUAUAGCUGAGAUCUACGAAAGCGACGCAGUUGAUUUGGAGCGUGCGGUACAUCAUUAUGAGCAAGCUGCAGAUUAUUUCCGUGGUGAAGAAAGUAAUUCCUCGGCAAAUAAGUGUCUUCUUAAAUUGACCAAUCAAAUUAGCUCUCAUUGGAUAUCGACCAUCGCUCAUUGCUCAUCGCAUCCAGUGUGCGAGGGCCAUUACAUGAGCGGCAUAGACUGA